UCACCAACACACACGCACAGCCGAAUUCCUUAUCGCUCCUAUUCGCCCUCCUCAUCCACCCCCUAUUCGCCAAGGCCACUCCCCCACCCUCCCAACACCACAGGGCCCCUCCCCGCCUGCCUCGCCAUAUUCUCUCCGCUACUCCUCCUCCCACCGCUCCGUUGUUCAGCACCUCGGACAGCGGCAGCAGCGUUGCGCUCUCCACCCAAACCCUCUCCCCGUGCGCUCUCCACCCAAACCCUCUCCCCAUGCGCUCUCCACCCCGAGCUCUCCUCGAGACCUCCCCCCCCGCGUCUCUUCGCCACAGCGAUGGCUCUGCCCGUCUCCAUGCUCGUCGCGGUCCUCGCCAUCGCCAGCAGCGCCACGGCCAAGCCCCUGCUGUCCCAGCAGGCCGAGCGGCUGGUGGCGCUGCGGGGGGGCCCGUACCCCCACGCGCGUCCGCAGGCCCUGGCCGCGCGCCUGGAGGCGGCGCUGCCCUACGAGGGCGCCAUGCUCGUGGCGCCGGGAGCCGGCGGCCCGGGGCCCUACGGCCGCGGGCCCGGGGCCAUGAUGGGACCGCCGGGAGCCGCCGGUGGCCGCCCUCGCCUCGCGGAGGCCGCGGGGUCGCAGCAGCAGCAGCCGCUGCGAGGCGCGGGGCUCGCCGAUCUGAGCGGCCCGCAGCUCGCCCGGCUGCGGCAGCUGGCGGCCGAGUACGCGGCCGAGGGGCAGCUGCGGGCCGCGCUGGGCUACGGGCCGGGGUACCCGGGCGCGGGACCCAGGGCCCAGCAGCUGCAGCAGCAGCAGCAGCUGCAGCAGCUUCUGCUGCUGCAGCUGCAGCAGCAGCAGCAGCCCGAGUUGGAGGACAACCUCGUGGAGGAGGAGGUGGAGGACGAUGACGACGAUGAAAACGACGACGUGGAGGAGGAGGAAGAGGAGGAGGAGGACGAGGUGGAGCCGGACGCGACCGAGGGCGACUUGGGGUACGCGGAGCUGGCCGAGGCCCUCGUGCGCGCCCUGGCCGCGGAGCUGGGCGAGGAGGCGGCGGCGGAGCGCGCUGGGGGCGCGGCGGGAGGCUGGAGGGCGCCGGCAGUGCGGAGCGGCUGGGGCCAGCAGCUCUCCUCCUCGUCCCAGCAGCAGCUGCCCAAUACCAUCGCGGGCGAGGGCAUUGGGCAGCAGCAGCAGCGGCUGGACGAGGAAGCCCUGGGUCGCAUCGUGGGCUAUCUGUUCGGCUCCGCCGCUGACGGCUACGUCGGCAACGAUGUGCGCCCCCGGUACCGUCGCGACGCGCAGCUCCAGCAGCAGCAGCAGCAGCAGGCGGGGUACGGCGACGGCGGAGAUGGAGUCGCUGCGGAUCGCAGACUCAAGGGGGCAGCGUCAGCAGCAGCAGCGGCGGCUGGCGGCACCGCAGCAGCAGCGCGCCCGGGUGAAGCGAGUCCGCAGAGAUGCUCCUCCCGCCGAGCCGCUCAUCCGCGUCAAGCGCAUCGACCCCUCCGAGAGUGACGAGCGCAGCGCCUCCUCCGCCAACUCCGCGAUGAGCGGCACCACCACCACCGGCAGCAGCGGCGGCGGCGCCCGGGUGACGAGGCGGGAGCGCCGCUCCGUGGCCCCGCAGGCGGAGGAGGCGCUCGAGCUGCGGGGCCUCGUGGGGCUCGCGCGGGCCAGCGGCACGCGGCUGCGGCGGCUCCGGCGCGCCGUCCGCGCCGUCAUGAAGUAGGCGGCGGUGGU